UGUUCAAGGGCUACAAGCCAAGACUAGUGACGGAGGAGAUCAAAAGAGUGGACAUCAACAAAAUCCUAAGCACUGUCCCCCAGAACAUGGACACGCUGAUCAAGUUGGCCAACCGCCGGCAGAAAACAAACUAUGCCCAAUAGAGACCUUGGAGUGUUUGAAGUGGCAAUUGUUAAUCAAACAUCAUCCAGCCAUCUAGAUGGGGAGUACAAAGCUAGUUCUCUAGUUCCUUUCCCCACAUUUAAUCUGGAGGGAUUGGACAAAAUAGCAUCCUGUUAUCCUGAUAGCAUCAAGGAAACACUGAAGAAGUUCAAACGAGUUUCGAUACCCCAGAACAUCAUGUCUCUACUGCGAGACUGCACAGGGUUUACUCUCAUCAUGUUUGGUGGGAUUGACCUGCAGAGGAGGUUCUCAGACAGUCUGAUGCAAACUUUACAAAGUGUUUUUAUCAAUCAGGACAAAGAAGCCAGUGAGGAAAAUCAAGAAUUCUUCCUGAGCAGAGUGUACGACUUGCAGAACUUCUUGAACCAGGGAAUUCCUUGUGUGUCCACAUUCCUGUCUGGAUUCCUCUUGAACUGGGAUGGACUGGUUCACAGACCUCAAAUAAUGAGUCUAUUAGAGUGGGCUACAUUUGACUCUUUCCAAGAGCUGUCAAUAAACAUCCUGAGGCCGCUGUACAUGCUGUUUGUAUCGUACAACGUUACGAUGAAGCAACAGAUUAUCCAGACUGUCACUGCGCUUAUUAAGAACAUGUAUGUAGGAGAAAUAGGCAGAGUUUCUCGCCAGUUGCCUCACCCUUUCCUCAACAAACCACGAGCGUGGACUUCCGAACCCAUUGAGAUGUUGGCACCCUUGGUUCGCUGGACGGAGGACCUCUGCAAGGUGGGAAUGUGUCUGGAGCCCAAAAGUAGCACCCUGUUGCUGCAAGCAAUCAACUUUUAUGAGACGAUGAACGUGUUAGAGUCGCGCUACCAGUUACCCAUGUGGACAAUGAUGUCUGCUGGAGUCAUCUACCACAGUCUGUUCAAGGUGACUCCUGUCGCACUCUGCAGAGUGUGUAGGCUUCUGCUCAAGUACCACAGGGACUACUUGCCGCAACUACGGACGCACCACCCUCAGUUCUACAAUGAAUGUCAAAACAAAAUCAGUAUCAGCUCGAAGUAUGUUCAAGAGCUUAUCAACAUGCUAUGGACUGGACAGGUAUGUUAG